AUGACAGAACCGUCGACCAAAGUGGCCGGACUGCCCAAGUUCUCCCGGCACAUUACGACGCACAAUGCGGAUGGGGUAGCUAUAUUCGCGACGGCUGAUCCUGCCGACCCGUCAUCACCGAGCUCUGCAGGGUCAAUGUCCCCGGACCCUUCAUGGUUGAAUUUUCCUGGUUCCCCUGCUUCAGGGUUCGGGCUCGCAUACGCAACAGACACAAUACCCGCCGACUUCAACGGCAACGCUGACCUGGACACCUACAAUGCCUACCUGCCGAAACAUCCCGGCAUCACCAUUCGGGGCGGGUCGGUAUUCCGGGUGGUCGACAUGGAUCCCGGCGCGAAGUCGCCCAUGCAUCGCACCGUUUCCAUCGACUAUGGCGUCGUGCUCGAGGGCGAAGUGGAGUUGGAGCUGGACUCUGGAGAGAAGAGGCGUCUUGCGAGGGGAGACAUCUUUGUCCAGCGAGGGACCAUGCACAUGUGGAGGAACCCCAGCGACUCCAAGCCGGUCAGACUACUGGCGGUGCAGCUGGACAGUAAGGAAGUUGUGGUAGAAGGGAAGGGAGCGUUGCCUGAAUUGUUCCAGUCGUAA